AUGAAUGGUAUGUAUACUUCAGCGUUAACACCAGUCAUCCAUGAUGCUGCAAAUCAGAUGUCCUUAUGCCGCUAUCCGCCGUCGCCGCCCAACCCCACCUCUUCCUAUUCUUCCCAAACUGCCUCCUCCGCGUUCCCAGCCACUCUACUAUCGGCUCUCCCCAGCGUUUUCCCUCCAAACUCUCUUCAUCUCUUAUCCGCCACGUCUCUCUUCCGGCUUCCGCAUCGCCGACGGCGGCAGAGGGUAGUAACUACCCCUCAUCUGCCGCCGCCGUGGUCGAAGCCAUCCGUCGUUCGUCUCCAGCAUCCCCAGUGGAGUUCACCCAGAGGGUGGAUAGGACUGGGAAAACUUGUCUUGUCCUUUAUAGCUCUGAUUUCCAGGGACUUUGCAUGGAGCAGCUCGAACUCUUCCUAGCCGUUGUGGAUCCACAUGCUGCCCUAUCGGUUUAUGUGAGACCUGCAGGAAGCUAUGUCAUGGACCAGCUAGAACUAAGGCGAGUCAUCUAUUAUCCUGGAACGGGGAUAUCACAAAAUGAAGAGUGUGUAAUAGUUGUUGGUAAUUUUUCCGUACCGGGAGGUUUGCAUAUAGCCGAGAUCGCUAUUUCUAGACAAGAAGUGGAGGUUGUAGCUGAAUUUGGAGCUAUUGUUUUCCCUUUGGUGAAACAUCCAUUUGUUGUUGGCUUUCUUGUUGCCGAGUUACCUAAAAUUAAGGUUGCAAAUUGUGCAACAUUUGGUAAUGAUCAAAAAGCCUGGGAGCCCUUGGGAUUCAAAGAGGAAUUUGAUAGAAGUUAUGGUCAGUCCACAUCUGAGAGAAGGCUAAGAGCUGUAAUGAUUUCUCGCUCCUUGGCUACUGCAUAUGUUAUGGAUCAGGUAGCUAAUCAAUAACGCUCAUUGAUUUGG